AUGGUGCUCUCCAUAGGCGAAGCACUCGGUGAAAUCUUAGAUUGGGAAAUUUCAUCAUCCUCCAUCCUCCUCCAGCUCCUGUUAAAUGGCAUGGAACCACUCACAAAGGAAACUAUCAUCGAAUUCUCGGAUGGAAGCGAGGCUGUCGUGUGCCUGGAGUACAAAAAUCUCAAGAAUCACUGCUCCUACUGCCAAAGACUUACUCAUGAUAAAUCAGUUUGCCCAGGUCUGCCAGACCAAAGGAAAGAUCAAAACCUGCAUUCAAGAGCAGCUGCCCCCUCGUCUACACAACAGACCUCAUCCAGGAAUUACUACACUCCUCAGGAUAAUUUCCUGCCACCACAAAGACAGACAAGAUCCUUUGAGAACCAUUCGUCUCAACGCCCAAACCAACAGUCUCGAAAAAGGCCUUACGCAGCAAUAAGCUUAAAUACUAGAAACGUACCUGACUUUCGUCAAACAGCACGCAACACAAGAGACCGGCAGGAUCGCCUUGUUCGUCAAAGCUCCAUAGCCAGAUCAACCCACAGCCGAGAAGAGGUAACUCCACAGCAAUACGGCCACAACAGUCCCCCUGCUCCACCAACUCGCAACCUACAAUGGCGAGAAAAAACCAGAUCAUCAACUGAGAUCCAUGGUGAACCUUCUGUUUCGUCCAGAGCCAGACGUCCACCCCUGGAGAGAGAAGUUGCAAGCCCAGAUCCCCCUACUCCACCCCCUGAAAAUGCUCAUAUCCAGACGAUCCAACACCAAGCCUCCCACCUUAAGCACCAGGAGCCUGAAACUCAGACAAGGGAACAAAUCAUGAAUGAGCUGCAAGAGAUUACCAUCCAAUAUAUGUCCUGCCCUGACCCGGUCGAAAGUGCAGCGCGAAGAAUGAGGGUGCUACAGACUGACUCUGUAAACCUUAUGGAGGAGACUGCUAAUUCGAUCCUAGCCUCAAAUCAAAAGACAAAAAACCAUCUGCCUCUUCCUCCUCCAGACCAACCUGCCAAUAAGCCCCUAAAUGUCAAGGAUACAACAUCUUCUGCAAUCCUGCAAAAGAAUACAAGUGAAACCAGUAAGCGAGGACGCGGACGACCUCCUCUCCAAAAACAAACUGGGAAAACAAACCAACCUCUACGCGGAGCCAAACCCCAGAAAAGAAUUCUUACACAAGGCUCUCCCAGGAAAUCUCCUAAUCGCACCUCAUCUUCAAAGUCGGGCUUUUCAAAGUCAACUCAGAAGAAAGUCACCAAACAAGAUGCGGGAAACCCCAGGGUCAGUGAUCAUUCAGCUGGAGAACCCUCGGGGACCCUCCCUGCCAACUCAAACCCUCCUAGAAUCUCCUUGAUCCCUGCUUCAAAGAAGAAGAAGGCGGAUUUUCAGAAUCCGCCAACCCCUCUUCCUUAA